UACGCAGUAACGCUGCUGCUAUCAGCGUCACAGGCUAUCGGAGACAGAGAGAGACAGAGCUGGGAUACCCGUUAACGACGGGCAGUGGUAGAUUAGAGUCUCUUUCCUCAGGUUUAAUAAGGCAAACCCGGGAGACAGGGGGACGGAAAUCAUGGAAAAUACUCCAGGGCAAACCUGGAACAGCAGCCACGGAGAAUACACCUCAUUCACUGACGUGAAACAGGGAAUAUAACCGCUUACGCUAAAAUAAAAAUUACAUUUCGGGCUACUCUUUCCCCAUCUCCACCAUUUUGGUUGGCAGUGAUGGAGCACAUCCGGACGCCCAAGGUAGAAAAUGUGCGACUCCUCGAGCGGUCGUCGGGGCAGAGAAAGGCCAGCAUCGGGACUCUCUACCUUUCUGCCACACAUGUCAUCUUUGUAGAGAACAACCCUGAGACACGCAAGGAAACGUGGGUGCUACACAGCAUGGUGAGCAGUGUGGAGAGGCCGCCCACAAUUCCCGCAGGAAGUCAGUUGAUCUUGCGUUGUAAGGACUUCCGGAUUUUCCACAUCCUCAUUCCACAGGAGAGAGACUGUCUGGAUGUCUACACCUCAUUAGUCAGGCUGUCACGACCAGAGAAGUACAGUGAGCUGUACUGCCUUUCCUUUAAUCCCAGUGUGAACAAAGAGGAGAGAGAAGAGUCAUGGAACUUCAUAGACCUCAUGGCCGACUACAAGAGGAUGGGAGUCCCUAAUAACCUGUGGGUCUGUACAGCGGCCAACAGUGAAUACAAGGUGUGUGAUACGUACCCAUCAGAGCUGUUUGUUCCAAAGUCGGCCACACCUGCCAUCAUUGUGGGCAGCUCUAGGUUCAGGAGUCGGGGACGGUUUCCUGCUUUGACCUACUUCCACCAGGACACACUGGCAGCAGUGUGCCGGUGCAGUCAGCCCCUCUCAGGCUUCAGUGGACGCUCUCAGGAGGAUGAGAUGAUGCUGCAGGCUGUGAUGAAGUCCAACCCUGGCAGCGACUACAUUUAUGUGGUAGACACCAGGCCCAAGCUGAACGCCAUGGCAAAUCGAGCAGCAGGUAAAGGCUACGAGAACGAGGACCACUACAUCAAUAUCAAGCUGCACUUCAUUGGCAUCGAAAACAUUCAUGUAAUGAGGAGCAGCCAGCAGAAAAUCAUUGACAUGGGUGAGAUGAGAUCCCCAUCCAUGACUGACUUCCUGUGGGGUCUGGAGAACUCUGGUUGGCUCAAACACAUUAAAGCCAUACUUGACGCUGGGGUCUUCAUAUCCAGAGCAGUAGCUGAUGAAGGUGUCAGUGUGUUGGUUCACUGUUCAGAUGGCUGGGACAGGACAGCCCAAGCCUGUUCUGUAGCCAGUAUACUGUUGGACCCAUUCUACAGAACCAUCAAAGGACUCAUGUUGCUGAUAGAGAGAGACUGGGUUUCCUUUGGGCACAAGUUCUCCCACAGGUACGCUCACCUGGAUGGAGAUCCUAAAGAAGUGUCACCUGUCAUUGAUCAGUUCCUGGAGUGUGUGUGGCAGCUGUCCGAGCAGUUCCCAUGUGCCUUUGAGUUCAACGAGCGCUUCCUCAUCGCCAUACACACAAACGUCUACUCCUGUCAUUACGGGACCUUCCUAGGCAACUGCCAGAAGGAACGCAGGGAUAUGAGGCUUCGUGAACGGAGCCACUCUGUGUGGCCUCAGCUGUGGAGGGACAGAGCUGAGUACACCAAUCCUCUGUACAAUGCUGAGCUGAGCCAGACUCAGGGUGUCCUAAGGCCCAACACCACCCCCUAUUGCUUCAAGAUGUGGAAGGGUCUCUACAACCACGUGGAGAAAUCAACGCCUCCUCGCCAGUCUCCUGCUGACUUCCUGUCUGCCGUGAGGGAGCAGUCCCAGCAGCUGGAGGAGGAGCUGACCAAUCACCAGGAGAGGAUAUCAACACUGACAGGGAAGCCAAUCACGUGGGAGAAGAUUGAGGUUGCGAGGAGGAGGACUAGCCACAUGCGGCGGAAACAUUGCGGGCCGGACCCGCCCACCACUUACAUAGACCCAAUCACCAGCCCUGCACAGGACAGUGGUCACACACUCUCCUCUGUACCAGCCAAUCAGAAGGAUCAGACCAAGGACCCUGCUCUCACCCUGCCUCUGGGUCCGCACAGCCAUCUGAAGAGUCAUGACCCCGACGACCUCUCCACCUGCAGCGACCUGGAGUCAGGCGUGGCCGACCUCAGCAGCCGUUCAUCCAGCGGGGUGGAUGACAGAAAGGACCAGGACACCUACGAGGCCGCUUUUACUACUGAUUGAGUGCAAAAAGGGAAUCCUGCUGGCUGGAAGGUGAAAGAGGAAAUCAAAGUAGAACCACUAAAUAUUUAUUCAAACACCUGGAGGAGAGCCAUGUUAAUGAUGGCUACAGACUGAGUGAACAGUAGUCGGAUUUUGUCUCUUUCCUAAAGGGAUUCACAGUGAAUUAGGGAGGGGUAAUCUCACACACUGUUUAACAGUUUUACCUUUUGAUGGAGGCACUGAAAGAUGACAUUUUAGCAUUUUAAUUUGAGAUUUUUUUAAAUCUUAUGUCUUUGUUGCAGAUGGCUGUUUUUUAUACAUGGGUGUUGUUUUUAGUUAGGCUCAAUUAAUGUCAUUUGUACUUUGAAGAAUGCACUGUUACUACUGUGAGAUGGACAAACAUUACAUACUAUGUAGUCAAAAGUAUUGGUACAACUGACAAUGCACCAACAGGGACUUUAAUGCCAUUGCAUACUAAAUACAUAGAAAUUAACAUGGAGUAUAGAGUUCAUCCCAAAGGUGUUUGAUGGGGUCAGGACUCUGUGCAGACCAGUCAGGUUCUUCCACACCAGACUCAUCCAACCAUGUCUUUAUUGACUUUGCUUUGUGCACUGGGACACA